AUGUUGUUCGCGUGCGUGGCCGGGGUGAGCAACGCGGUUCGAGUCGGGACGGUGUAGCGGAGCGUGAGCUGAGCUGCUCGACGAGGACGGCGAGGAACGUGACGGAACUUACCAGGCCUUUGACACGGAAGCUAGGAGGCUCUGGCAAGUUAUCCGUGCAACGCGCAGCACUUCGGUAAAGGCAACAGCGCAGGCUGCGACACGAAUUGGACGUCACACGAUCAACACCGUCACGAAGUCGCCACGCACAAGCACAUCGCCGGCAAUGGCUGCAAGCGAAUUUACUUGA